GCUUCAGUGUAGACUGGUGGGCGCUCGGUGUACUUAUGUUUGAAAUGAUGGCGGGCCGGUCACCGUUUGAUAUUGUUGGGAGUUCUGACAAUCCUGAUCAGAACACAGAAGAUUAUCUUUUCCAAGUAAUUUUGGAAAAACAGAUCCGAAUUCCCCGAUCCCUUUCUGUUAAAGCAGCAGGUGUUCUAAAGAGUUUCCUUAAUAAGGAUCCAAAGGAACGUUUAGGCUGCCAUCCCCAAACAGGAUUUGCAGAUAUCCAAGGACAUCCCUUCUUUCGCAAUGUUGAUUGGGAUCUGAUGGAGCAAAAGCAAGUGGUUCCUCCAUUUAAACCAAAUAUAUCUGGAGAAUUUGGUCUGGAUAACUUUGAUUCCCAAUUCACCAAUGAACCUGUGCAGCUCACUCCAGAUGAUGAUGACAUUGUGAAGAAGAUUGACCAGUCUGAAUUUGAAGGCUUUGAAUAUAUAAAUCCUCUUUUGAUGUCAGCUGAGGAAUGUGUCUGAAUUCUCCAUUUCCGGACUGUGCCAAUUGCUACUCUGUUUCUGCAUGGAUAAACAUCUCUCAUUCGGAUGCACUUGCCUAGAAUGAGUAACUGAACAUCUUACCCUUGCCACCUAGUGUGAAUUACUAAUUUUCUUUUUGUAU